CAAUCCUCAAUCCUGAUUUGUUGUGCGAACUGGAAGUGGUUCACCAAAUGUUUUGUUCUGCAGCACGAAUUAACUAUUUGGGACCGGUUCGGCAGGUAUACCAAAAUAGAAGAGUCCUCCUCAGCCAGAAAGGAGAGACGCAUCUAAAGUCUUAAACCGGUAAAACUAGCGGAAGGAAGAAAAGGGGUUGCCUUAUUUGAAGGUGCAGUCACUUCCAUUUUUCACAGGGGAACAGAGACUUCGCAGCACCUGGGAAUACAUUUAUCCCAGUCGAGACCAUGUUAGUAUUAACCUGUGCAAUUGUGAUUCUGGUUGGAGUUUACAUUAUUCUAGUGGAAACUCUUUUCAAGAAGUCCACGUGUAAAAGCACUACGGCGAUGGCCGGGAAGACUGUGAUUAUCACCGGGGGUAAUACAGGCAUUGGGAAGGCCACAGCCGUGGACCUGGCCAGGAGGGGGGCGAGAGUCAUCCUGGCCUGCCGAAAUCAGCAGAGAGCAGAGGCUGCUGUCAGUGACAUUAAGAGGGAGAGUAGAAAUGCAGAAGUGGUGUACAUGCAGCUGGACCUGGGGAGCCUGAAGUCGGUGCGCUCCUUCACUGAGACCUUCCUAAAGACCGAACCAAGGCUGGACCUUCUCAUCAACAAUGCAGGCUUGGUGGGAGAUGGGCGCACUGAAGACGGGUUUGGGAUUGAGUUGGGGGUCAAUCACCUGGGUCACUUCCUCCUGACCUGCCUCCUCCUGGACCGGCUGAAGGAGGGCAGCGGGGGGCGCGUGGUCACUCUGUCCUCCAUGGCCUACCGCUGGGGCAGAAUAGACUUCGACUCCCUCAUUUCUAACAAGGACCUGGGCACUGGGAGGUACAGCUGGCAGUUCUUCCAGGCAUACUGCAACAGCAAACUCUGCAAUGUCCUCUUUACUCACGAGCUGGCCAAGAGGCUAAAGGACACCAAUGUCUCCUGCUACAGUGUUCACCCAGGGGUUGUUAGGACGGAGCUUUCCCGGAAUGUCGGCCUGUGGCAGAAGGUGUUUAUCGAGCCGGUGGCCAGACUGUUGUUCCUGGACCCAGUGGCCGGUGCCCAGACCACCCUCCACUGCGCCCUCCAGGAGGGCAUCGAGCACCUGAGCGGGCGCUAUUUCUCCUGCUGCGCUCCACUGGAGGUUUGCGCCAACGGCAAAGACGACGCGGUGGCCAGAAAGCUGUGGGAAGUGAGCGAGAGACUGAGCGGGCUGUCUUAAGAGCGCGUGAGCGCCUGGCUUCCUGCUGCGCUGCAGAGGAUGCUGGGAAGAAAAACAGAAGGCCAUUCGCACACAAGAUGCGGUUGUGUUAACCGCUGUGUGCUUGAAGCAGCAUGAUGUUUUGCCUGGAGUAUUUUGUGCCCUACAUUAUCUUUUUUUUUUUUUUUUUCCUUCCUGUUGUAUGUAAUUAAAUGUACAUUUUUAAGAGAUGUGAAUAAGUUGAAUUAAAGUGAGCUGAUUAUGGUA